AUGAACUCGGAAGAUGGAUCAUCGGCAUCGGUACCAAUUAACUUUGACGACUCGGACGCCGCUUGGUUAUUGGAGACGUUAUCACCAUCAAUUAGCAUCGACAAUAUGAACGACUUGGGAGACGAUUCGUCAUCGACGAUGUUACCACCAUCAAUUAGCAUCGACAAUAUGAACGACUUGGGAGACGAUUCGUCAUCGACGAUGUUACCACCAUCAAUUAGCAUCGACAAUAUGAACGACUUGGAACAAGAUGGUUCAUCGGCAUCAGUACCAAUUAUCAUCAACGACUCGGGAGACGAUUCGUCAUCGGCGACGCCACCACCAUCAAUUAGCAUCGACAACGAUUACUCCCUUAAACAAUUUCCAACAUCGGUCCCAGCCGAGAUCGCCCCCAGCUCCCUUCAGAUCUACAGGCGACAGUUUUCUCGACAAUUGAAAUGGUUGAGAGAGACAUCACCGAGAGGCGAGCUAUCUAGUGUCAUCACCAAUUCCAACGGAUUACCCACAGCAACAACAAUAUUCUAUCAGGUGCCCAUAUAUUUCAUACCCGUCGGUGCCACAAUCGAAGACCUGCACUGUCUAUUCAUGAAAGCCAAUGUCCAGAGAUGGCUGCAACAAGCAAGCGCUGAUACCAAAGUGUUCGUUGCAAGAAUGGGAAAUAUUGCAGACGAACUCAAGGCGAGACCUCUGACUACUCAUGUUGGAUAG